CCAUCUAUCUCUCCUCAUAUUCUGCGUUCUGCAGUUUGACAGGCUGCUCCUCAAAGAACCCCAACGGCUUUUUUCAGUACACCUGCAAGGAUGCAGCGUUUCAGAGAAGGCAUCCACAUCCGCACCAUGAAAGCCAAGAGGAAAGUGGAGGAGAUCUCCAAAGAGGACAUCCAGACUUUCCUAAAAAAGAAUGCCUUUGUUCUGUUCACGGUCGGUGCAGUGAUUGCAGGGAUCAUUUUGGGCUUUGCGUUGCGUCCCUACAAGAUGUCCUAUCGAGAGGUGAAGUACUUCUCUUUCCCUGGAGAGCUACUGAUGAGAAUGCUGCAGAUGCUUGUUCUACCCUUACUGGUCUCCAGUCUAAUAACAGGAAUGGCAGCACUGGACAGCAAAGCCUCGGGGAAAAUGGGCAUGAGAGCUGUGAUUUACUACAUGACCACCACCUUCAUCGCCGUCUUCAUCGGUAUCCUCAUCGUCCUGAUCAUUCACCCGGGAAAAGGAUCGAAAGAGGAGUUUGGGAAGCAACAGAUGAUCGAGCAAGUCAGUCCAGCAGAUGCCUUUUUGGAUCUGAUCAGAAAUAUGUUUCCUCCAAAUUUGGUGCAAGCCUGCACACAACAGUUCAAAACCAAAUAUGGAAAACGAGUCAUUCACGUGAGCGUGAGCGUCGUCGUGAACGACACCCUCUUUAACGCAACCAACGGCACCGAGGAAGUCACGGAGCUCACCCGAGAGGAGGUGAUCCCCGUGCCCGGUCAGGUGAACGGAGUCAACGCGCUGGGCUUGGUGGUCUUCUCGAUGUGCUUCGGGCUGAUCAUCGGCAACAUGAAGGAGCACGGCCAACUCCUGAGGGAUUUCUUUGACAGCCUCAACGAAGCCAUCAUGCAGCUGGUUGCUCUCAUCAUGUGGUACGCUCCCAUUGGUAUCCUGUUCCUCAUUGCGGGAAAAAUAGUGGAGAUGGACGAUCUUACGCAAAUGGGGGGCCAGUUGGGCAUGUACACCAUCACGGUCAUCAUUGGUCUGAUGAUCCACGCCAUUCUUAUUCUUCCCACGCUGUAUUUUGUCAUCACUCGGCAGAACCCUUUCAUUUUCAUUGCCGGGCUCUUGCAGGCUCUGGUCACCGCAUUGGGCACCUCUUCAAGCUCGGCCACCCUCCCCGUCACGUUCAAAUGCCUGGAGGAAAACAACAAAAUCGACAAGCGGAUCACUCGCUUUGUGUUGCCGGUGGGUGCCACCAUCAACAUGGACGGCACCGCUCUCUAUGAAGCGCUGGCGGCCAUUUUUAUUGCCCAAGUCAACAACGUCGAGAUGAACUUUGGACAGAUCAUUACCAUCAGCAUUACAGCGACGGCAGCAAGUAUCGGAGCCGCCGGGAUCCCGCAAGCAGGCCUGGUCACCAUGGUGAUUGUGUUGACCUCCGUUGGACUUCCGACUGACGACAUCACUCUGAUCAUUGCGGUCGAUUGGUUUCUUGACCGCCUGCGUACCACCACCAAUGUUUUGGGGGAUUCCAUUGGAGCCGGCAUCAUAGAGUUCCUCUCUCGGCACGAGCUUCGCAGCAAGGAUGUGGAGAUGGGAAAUUCUGUCCUGGAGGAGCGAGAGAGAAAGAAACCGUACAAACUCAUUUCACAGGAUAGUGACUUGGAAAAUGACAAACGCGGUCACAACGAAUCAAGCAUGUAGUUCUUCAUCAAUCGCUGCUCCAGCUUUUGAACGUGUGCAACCGAUGCCGUUUUGUUUUGCAAAGUCUCGCUUUGAGUUCACGCCACGAUUGGUUUUUACGUUGAUCCACAAAAGGCACAUUGAAUACAUUCCUCUUCCAGCCAAAAUAACCCAGACUGGUUGCUUUGAUUACAUAGUCUAGGACUGCUGUUUUUUUUAAUACUUAGUAUAUGAAUGAAUGCUCAUUGAUGUAAUGUCAUAUGAUCUUCAUCUAAGGGGCGGGGGCGUGCAUGCAUGGCUUUGUGGCCAAUUAGGUAUUUGGCGUGAAGUGCCGCAAUGUAUUUUUAAAAUAAAGCCAAAAAGACUUAAAAAAGCAGGUUGCAGGUUAGAACAGUGUCAGACGAUACUGAUUUUUUUCACCAAUCGUUCUUAUCGCUUCAAAUAUUGUUGCGCGUAACUUCCUUAAAGGCUUUCCAUAAAUCUACUAUGGUCUCCUAUUGCUAUUUAAUAUUACCAUGUUAAAAAUGCAUGUGUGGACGUUGACAUUUUUAAUCAACCCAGACAAAUAAACACAUUUGACUGUUGGAUGGAAACGAUCAAUAUUUUAUCGCAAAAUAAAGUGUUUGCAUUGUCUACGUUU